UCAAGUUGAACCCUUGUGCUCCCGCAUUAUGUCCUUCUCUGUGUAGUAUGUAGAUUGUAAAAUAUUUUUCCGCAAUUUCACAUUUGCUGUGAAUGCCAUUAGAACAAAAUUGGAACUUAAAGCAACUAAACUUUGUUUUCUUCUCGUGUAGCUAGCUUACUGCAUUUUCGACAGGUUUCCUUCCUCUUAAAAGAUGCACUUCUGCUUUAAAGGCUAACUAACACAUUAAAUAGUUCGAGGUACAUAUUUUAGUGAAUUGUGGUAUGGUGUCCCAUGCUAGUUGGCAGUUUACUUUAUAUUAUGAUUAUACAAUUAAGAGUUUUUUUUGAAGCAUGGAUUGAUGUACUGUAUAUAUUGUGUAGUAUUCAAGUAUUAGAAAUUAUUCCCAUGUUUCUCCAAUUAGCUGUGUGUAAGAACAAAAAUUUCAGAAUUCAUUUGGUGUUUAUAUGAAGUCAUUCCACUAUUCUAGUUCCCAAGAUGAGGACAUUAAGAUCAUAAGAUGGUACUUGUUAAUCAAUGUCUCACAAGGAUUUGUUAUACCAGGAAGUGAUGCUGAUUACUGUUUAUGUUUGUAUCGUAAUGUUCCUCCUUUCUCUUAUUAUCUUAUAUGUGUGCUCUCUCUCGUGCUUGUUCGUUCAAAAAAUAUGUGUGUUCUCUGUCCUUGAAUAACUGUCCUUUGUUUGGGUUCGAUAUUAUUCUAUACCCUAUACAUUUCUCAGCGGAUAAUUUGAACUUUCUUGCAGCCUUGAUAAGCUUUCAUCUUUUAUUAGUUAUGGAUGAAUGGAGUUUUGAGUUUUGACUCGUUCCCAGGCAUAUAGCCUUUUUUUUCUUAAUUCUCUCCACUCUAGGUUCUGUUAAUAUAAUAGCAAAAACCAGAAUAUCUGCUUUCUGGUCCAACAAUUGACAACCCUGGCUGUAGCAGCAUCCCUUCUGGCCACAUCUCCUGCCAGAGCCUCCUCUCUAGACUCUUGCAUUGCAUUUCCAUCCAGAAAAUGUGGUUCUCCUUUGAGGCCUUGCAGUGCAUCCAAAAGUUGAGCUUUCUUGCGAUAAGCAUUCUAACUAAUACAGAUCUGUACUUAAUAUGAUUAUUCUUUUAUAUUGUCAUGUGUCUGGAUGGAAGUAUGGAACAUAAGCUACAUCAGUGGUCUUAGUCCCAGGCCUCAAUGGCUCGGUCCAUGGUGGAGAGGAAGGGAAGGAGGGAGUUCUGUAUAUGGUGUGGCCCAAACAUGAAGGGUUAAAAAGUAGUGGAAACUAGUUGUAGGUAACUAGCCAUCUUGGAUGGCAAGUUGUCUUGUAGGGAGUUGAGCUACUGUUUUAUUUUUUUUCUCUUUCUAUUUGUCUUGAUUCGCUUCGCUUUUUUAAGGCAAGCAUUACUUAUUGAUGCCUGGUCAUGUUUUGUUCUAUUCUUUCUGUUUCUUUUUUGUUUAUGAAUGUUCAUCUAUGACAAAUAUGGCAAGCAAAACAAUUUUAUCUUGUUGCAGUUUGAGAUCUAUUUGGCAUAGGACAUCGCAGCAUGUUAAAAAGGAACAUUCUCAGUGCAGAUACUGAAAUAUGGCAUCAAGACGCAAUGUUCGUUACACACCUCUUCCUGUAGAGGAUGGGGAGUACAACAAUCCUGCUAAAGAAGAUGUUGAUCUUCGGUUCACUUACACUCCAAAAUCCUACAGGAGGAUCCCCUGGAAGUCAAUUGCCCUGGCAUUGUUCCUCCUCCUCCUUGGAACUUCACUUCUCUUCCUUUCAUACUUCAUAUUCACAGGUCACAUGGAGGGUGAUAGUUCUCAGGCAUAUGGUCUCUUAUUCCUGGGCUUCCUUUCCUUCCUUCCUGGCUUUUACGAAACUCGGGUUGCUUACUAUUCAUGGCGAGGAGCACCAGGUUACACCUUUGCAUCCAUACCAGAUUAUUAGCCUCUCAGUUCUAGCCGCCUUUGGUGUGCAGUAAAGCGGCAAGAGAGCAGCCUGGAACUUCAACUGGGAACCAAUUUCAGCGAUAAACAUUUAGCAUGCAGAUGUAGUGGUUCUGCUCUUUGUUGUGUUAAUAUCGUACUGUAUUACUCAUCGGCCAGUGAAAGAAUAAUCAUUAUUCUACUGUAAAGCGCAAACGCUGAUUUUGCACUUGAUAUUUUCUGUGCCCAUUGCUGUUGCACAGCUACCUCAGGAAUAUGUUCUACAAGUCCAGUAUGUGCUUAUCUGAUA